GGCUUCACGCUGCUCCGCCCGAUCUGAACACAACUUUUUAGUUUCAUGGUGGACCACCGGUCGUGUAAUUAUUUGAAGACGACUGCUUUUAUCUUUAUGGCAAGAACUAGAAAAACAUGGCUCCGGUCGCAGAAGUGCAGGAACCCGCGACGAGUUCCCUGCUCAAAGACAUGAACACAAUGACGAGCAGGUGCCCGCCAUCCGAACAGCUACAUGUUGUCCCGUCAGUUGUAGCAGCAGCAGAAGCACCUCCACCACCCUCCACCGCCGACGACCUGGAGCACCAGGCCGAGAGGACGUCUUCGCAAAAUACCAGCAAUUUCGAGUGGAUAGCGGACAACGCUCAGUUCGUACCGAUUCUGCGCCAGUUGUUUCGCCAAAUUCAGAUGCUGGAUAAUUUUCAUGCGACCUCCGACGAGAGAAGAAAUAGAAAUAAACCAAAACACGAAGAUGACGAAGACCACGACGACCACAACAACUCCAAGUCGUGGCGGGGGCUGCAUCCAGAAGUAGAACACAGCCGAAGUAGUACUUCCAAACAAAGAGAAUGUUGGUCUUCCUCGUGCGGGUGUGGAUCAUCUGCCCAAGACGAGGUCGUGCCACUGCAACCUGCUGCUGCACAACGACCAUUCUUGACGCCCUCGACUACUAGCGGCCCCGGGGACUGCUCCGACGACACGUCAUCCUCAUCGGAGAACGAGCAGGACCGGCAAGUGUUCUUGGGGUCUUCCUCUGGUCGUGUUGCUAACUGGAACAAGCACGAGGAUCGGAAUGAUGAACAAACACAAAUCGGAACAAGCUACAUCAAGCCAUGCCAACAAGCCGAAGACGAACCCGAACCAGGGAGGAAGCAGAACAAGCCUGGCCGACGAGGACGUCCCGCCGACGUGCUUUCUAUUUUCGUCCCGGGCUGCGGGGACAGCCGCAUCGCGGAACUCGGCGAGGCGGUUGUUGAGGUUGGUUGUGGAAAUCUAAAUAGUGGUGAAGGGAAAGGAAAUGAUGACGACGCAGGAGGAAACGGAAGCCCAACGAGACCUAGAACAAGCGAUGUUCUCGUGGUUGACGAAAAUUACAAAGAAAAUGAAUUGUCUUUGUCUUUGUUUCACUGCCACAUACUCGGUGCGGACAUCGACGAGGGCGCACUCGCACGGGCGAAAAGAUUCUUCAAGGAAGACCAACAACUUGUUGCCGCCGAAAAGAAGAGGAAGAAAGCACAAGGGGGGAAAAAUAGUCGCGUCGGUGAAAUGGCUAUGCCUGACAAAAAUAUUGAGGGCGAAGCGGC